GUCGCGUUCCGCCACGUUUCAAUUGAAAAAAUGGUACAAUGUCGAAAAGUCACAAAAGUGCGCGGGAUCUUGCAGGAACAGGUGCUGCGUUAACGAUACCGGUUACCGCCCCUGCGGUGUUCCCAUUGAGAAUGCAAGCAAGCUUUCCCCGCAUUCUCCUCGACCUAUCUCGGCUCUAUUCAUGUUAUUCCCACGAACCACUACAAUGAUAGCUCCCCCAAAUUAACGUCAUAUGCUCAUUUGUAGCCAGGGCGUCUGCAAGGGUGAUCAACAUGACCAGUCAGGAAUAUUUUGCAAACAAAACAGCAAGGUUAGCCUGGCGCCGAUCUGCGGUCUAGAAAGUCCAGCUGGGGAAAACAAAGAACAGGUCGGAUUGAUGAAUUCAAAUAUCACUGGACGCCUCGCCCUUUUUCCUUGGGGUAACCCCAGGCUCACGUCUGUAGGUAUUCCUUAUCCGUCACUCGUUCUUGGAGAUCUCUCCAAGAUCCUAGAGUUAGGUGCAAUGCGUCUUCUGCUCUUGUUGUCCACUUUCUUCUUCGGGGGGUUUUCUACCGUCUCAGCACAAUGUCCUGAUUACUCGGAUUACUCUAUGACCACCCACGAGCCCUUCUCGGCGGGGAAGUACCAGCUCUCAUAUCAGAGGCCAACAGCUGCGUGUCGGACAGCCAACGUUUCGGAUGUCGAGAAGAUCAUUCAAGAUAUGAAAGCGGUGGUGAAGGACCCGGAUCUCUUCCGAUUAUUUGAAAAUACCUUCCCGAACACACUGGACACCACGGUGAAAUGGAAAGGCUAUGCGGAAGAUGAUUCGACGGAAGAGCUUACCUUCGUCACGACUGGGGAUAUUGUGGCUAUGUGGCUCCGCGAUUCAGCCAACCAAUUGCGUAGUUAUAAGUCACUUCUCAAAGCAGAUGAUUCUCCCGAUUCGAUAGCAUCCCUCUAUCGCGGUGCGAUUAACUUGCAGGCGCGAUACGUCAUCCGAAAUCCAUAUUGUAAUGCGUUCCAAGCACCGACCGAGUCGGGUUUACCGCCAGAGAGCAAUGGUUAUGCAGACACCGACAAGGUGACGCCCCCUUACAACACCAGCUUUGUUUUCGAAUGCAAGUACGAGCUUGAUUCGAUUUCGGCUUUCCUGCAAUUAUCAUACGACUAUUAUAAUAAAACCGAGGAUUCCGACUUCUUUGGCAAGUUUCGAUGGGUUGAAGCUGUCGAGACAAUUCUCAACGUGACGGAAGGUCUUCUGGUUGGAACGUACGAUGAUGACGGGUCUGUUAACGAGUCGCCGUAUACAUUUCAACGACAAAGCACCAGCGCAACGGAGACUCUUACGAAUACCGGAGCCGGAAACCCCGUGAAGAGCGGGACCGGAUUGGUUCGUAGUGCAUUCCGCCCUUCAGACGACUCAACCAUUUACCAGCUGUUCAUUCCCGCAAACAUGCAAUUCUCGAGCUAUCUUGGAAAAUCCGCCAAGAUUAUGGAGGCGCAUGACCCCGAACUCGCAAAACGCAUGAGCGAUUUUUCAUCCAGUGUGCGAGAAGGUAUUGAAACAUACGGUAAGGUGCAGCACGAAGUUUUGGGAGAGAUAUACGCAUAUGAGGUCGAUGGGUUUGGGUCGAGAAACCUGAUGGACGAUGCCAACGUCCCGAGCUUACUGAGCGCACCGAUUCUAGAUUAUCUAGAUGCAUCGGACGAGACGUAUCAGAGAACCCGUAAAUUUGCGCUUUCGACGUGGAACCCGUAUUAUAUGCACGGGCCUGUGCUGAAUGGUACCGGAGGUCCUCACGUGGGGCCUGGAAAAGCCUGGCCAAUGUCCAUCAUCACGUCACUCCUGACUUCCGACGACGACGAUGAGAUCCUUACGGGACUGCAGGAGCUGGUGUCAUCUACCGACGGGUUGGGGUUGAUUCACGAAUCUGUAGAUACGUUCGAUGCGUCGGUAUGGACACGGGAGUGGUUUUCCUGGGCUAACGGGUUAUUUGGAGAGAUGCUGCUGGGACUGAAAGAUAGGAAACCUCAUUUACUCGAGACGAGCUUCCAGUAGGUUUCAAGCGAUUAAUAUGCGAGUUGUCGUACAUACCUAAAUAAAUGUCAUUUAUAUUUAAUCGCCACGUCACGUUGUUUAAGUCCGCCGGUUGAUGUCAGCUGGGGGGGGAGAUAUUUGGGGUUGUGUAAAUGGGAACAAGUAUCGUGGAAAUAGACCGUGCUUAUUACAUGCUGUAUUGUGUUGCUUUUAUAAAGAGUGAAGUGGUCCAAUGAUAUUUAAUCCGAGUUAGCCGUCAGAAUUGCAACAUGAUUUGCCAUGCAUACGACCAAGAACUUCCCAACGCAGGAAC